CAUCAGCUGAUUUCUGUUAUUGUCUGCAUAAAUUUUCUGUUACGUUUGUCGUUACAACAUGCGCUUAUUAACACAAAUUCGCAGAGCAUCCACACAAGCCACUCGCCGGCGAGUGGUCAUCACUGGUACCGGAGCCGUCACUCCACUGGCCAAUAAUGCAGCCGAAUCGUGGCAACGCCUACUGGCAGGGGAAUCGGCAAUUUCCCGGCUAGGAGUUGAAUUCAAGGGAUUGCCAUGCCAAGUUGCCGCACAAAUACCAAGAGAACGCUUAGAGAUCGACAAACAUCUGACGAAAAGUGAUCUUAAACUCAUGAGUCCUGCCACACAAUUCGCCGUCAUUGCAGCGGACGAAGCACUGGCCGCAUCACGGCUGCAACCCAAGGAGUUGAGUGAAGAGCAGCGGGAACGUUUCGGAGUGUGCGUCGGCAUGGGCAUGUUUGAUUUGUCCGAAGUGUACGGGGCAUUCCAGCAGCUACAGCGUGGAUAUAAUCGUGUCAGUCCAUAUUUUGUACCAAGACUGCUUCCGAACAUGGCGUGUGGUCAUAUUAGCAUGCGACAUGGCCUGCGAGGACCCAAUCAUUCCGUGUCAACGGCUUGCGCAACCGGUGCCCAUGCCAUUGGUGAUGCUAUGCGUUUCAUACGCAACGGCGACGCGGACCUGAUGCUUGCUGGCAGUGGAGAGGCGUGCAUAGACCCCCUAUCGAUUGCUGGCUUUUGUAGGUUACGCGCACUGAGCACGGCGUUCAAUGAUAACCCCGCCGUGGCCUCGCGACCAUUUGAUAAGGCACGCGAUGGCUUUGUGAUGGGUGAGGGGUCCGCUGUGUUGGUGCUGGAAGAGCUGGAGCACGCACGUGCUCGUGGAGCUCCCAUAUUGGCCGAGCUGCUGGGCUAUGGACUUUCUGGCGAUGCUCAUCACAUCACCUCGCCCAGCGAGGAUGGAGCUGGUGCCACGCUGGCCAUGCGUCGCGCUAUUGCCGAUGCUUGUGUAAAACCAGAGGAUAUUCGCUAUGUUAAUGCACAUGCCACAUCAACACCGACUGGAGAUAGGAUUGAAGCUCAUGCAAUUAGUCGUGUCUUUGGAGAACACAAGACCAACGUUUUCGUCUCCUCCACAAAGGGUGCUCAUGGUCAUCUACUGGGUUCGUCGGGUAAUCUAGAAGCUCUAUUUGUGGUACAUGCUUGUGCGGAGAAUAAAUUGCCACCAUCGAUUAAUGUUGAGAAUUUGGACGUGGAUGCCAAUGUGGUGACAAAAACCUGCAAUUGGCCAGAGGACCAAUCUCGACGAAUUGCUCUAAAGAAUUCCUUUGGAUUUGGCGGCACAAAUGCAUCCCUUUGCAUUGCCAGUUUCGCGGAAUAGAACUACGUUUAUUUGAAGAAAGAUUUGUAAAGUGAUUGUCAUUAUGUGUUAAUAAAUUGUUGAAUAUAUGA